AUGACGACUGACGAGACAUUGUCAUUUAUGGAUGAUACAUCUGUUGAUGUCAACUUCAUAUGUUGGAUAUGCAAGGAAAAGUUCAAAGAUCCGUAUACAACAUCAUGUGAUCAUACAUUUUGUCGAGCUUGUCUAACCCAGAGCACACUGACAAACUGUCCCACAUGUCAACAAUCCAUAUCGACUGAUGAUCUUAAACAAGCCACUCUGAUUGUACGCAAUAUGAUUGAGCGACGUCGUGUCAUCUGUUCUAACUGUAGUCAAAGUGGAAUUCCGGAAGAGAAUAUCGAUGAACAUAUUCAACGGACAUGUCCGAAAACGAUCAUUUCCUGUCCAGCAGCCAAUGUCAAAUGUCCAUGGAAGGGACCUCGUGAUCAGUUGGAUGAUCAUUUGAUUAUGUGUCCUUUUAAUGGUAUUCAUUCGACAUUUAUUCAACUCAAGUCUGAAUAUCAACGACUGACAGAGCAACUCAGACGAUUUGAAAAUCAUUGCGAAGUACAAUAUCAAACUCGCAUCCAAGAUAUUCAAAACAUUAGAGACAAUCAAAAUAUCAAUGUUGCUGAGUUUAAUGAACAGUUAUUGGUAGAAGAAUCAAAGAUCCAAGGAAGUUUAUUCGAACUCAUGCAUAAUAAAGAUCAGAUUUCUCAACUGGAGCAACAAAUAAUUAUGCUCCAAAGUGGACUACACCACUGUCAAUCAGAAAGAGAACGCAUACAUAAAGUGGCCAUUCAACAUGAGAAUCAAAUAAAAGAAUUAAUCAAGAAGCAAAAUAUCAUGGCCGGACUGAUCGGCUACUACAAUCCCGAACUUAUAGACCAUAUAGCUCAAUGUGAACAACGAUUGAUGAAACUAAAUGAAAAGAAAUUAACCGAUCGAGAUUUAUUCAUAGUUGUUCAGCAUGCUAUGAUUAAUAAACCAUGCGAAGUCCUCGAUCUGCAAUCGAACGAAAUCACCAGUCAAGGUAUCACGAUUCUUGCCGAUGCAUUAAGAGCUAAUACAACUUUGAAAACCUUGCUUCUUGACAAUAAUCGUUUAUCUGAUUUGGGUGUUUCCUUUCUCGCCAAUGCAUUGUCAACCAACAAUGCCACUCUGAAAACAUUGGACUUAGAGCGCAACGGUAUUAUGGAUGAAGGUGCUUCGAAUUUAGCUCAGAUGCUUCAAAAAAAUUCAGCAUUGACCAAUCUAUAUCUCUCAGGUAACCAAAUCAGCGAUCAAGGAGUUCAGUUAUUGACCAACGCAAUGGCUGAUCAUAAUACAAGUUUGAAAGAGUUAAUUCUGGAUAACAAUCCAUUUGUGACUGACGCAAGCGUUCAACCAUUGAUUCAUAUGCUCAAACGCAAUCUAUCAUUGCAGACACUUCGACUUUGGAAUUGUAAAUUAUCAGAUAAAGCGAAAGAAGAUCUUUCGGAAGCAGCAAGUUCGAAGACAAAUUUCACAUUGUUGUGUUGA